AUGGAUGUUCGUCUUGUUUUCGCUUCUUCCGGUCGCGUCCUCCCCGCUCAGCCUCACGCGCUGCCGGUGAACGGGAGCCAGGUUUUGGCGGCGGCGCAGUUCGCUGUGUUCGAAUUCAACACAGUCAACGCAGAGCAACAGUUCGAAGUCUUGAACGUCACAUCGGCCAAUAUCCACCUGGUCGCGGGUCUAGACUACAUCCUGGAAGUGCAGCUGGGAAGCACGACGUGCACGAAAAGCCACCGUCCGACCCUCGGAGAACCACGUGAUCUGUCCUCCUUCAAGUGCAAGUUUGUCGUCACUGAAAUCCUGUGCAAAAAUUCCCAUGAACUCACUAAGAAGUGUUGCCUGCAUGAUGCCUGA